AAAGAAAAUUAAGAAAGCGAGAAACCCAACGAACAUAGGGAAAGGGUAUCUUCUUCUUCUUCUUCUUCUUCUUCUUCGUCAGUCUUUGACUGUUCUUGUGUGGUUCGCCUGGUUUUGUUGUCUGUGUUGGGUUCUACGACCUUGAAUGCCAUUUAGGGUUUCUCCCUCUCUUGCAAUCAAGCUCCAAAGCUGAACCCAGAUUCUCCUUCUUACAUUCCUCGCUCUCUCUCUCUCUCUCUCUCUCUCUCCCUCCAUGUGUUUUAGCUAGAAUAGCAAUGGUGGGAGAAAUGUGUUUCAUCUACAAGGAUAUUCUUGUCAUAAAGCCUCCAAAGAAAUCGCCAAUGUUAUUAAGGACAUCAGUCAUGGUAUUUUCGAUGGUGUGCUGUAUUUUUAUCUUCUCUGUAUGUCUAAAGCAGAUAAACACCCAAGCAAGGACUAAAUUUGUGGACUUCAAAGUCAUUGACAACAUUUCUCAGAGUAGAGUGAAGGAAAAAUAUGUUCCUCACCUAGUACAUUAUCCCAAGCCGGUGUCCUUUAACAGGAAUGAAUGUGCUCAUAAUCCUGUCAUGUUCUUUGCCAUAUUGUCAAAUCAGAGAUCAGGCAGCGGGUGGUUCGAGACCCUUCUCAAUAGCCACAUUAAUGUAAGCUCAAAUGGAGAGAUAUUUUCCGUUAAAGAGAGAAGGGAAAAUGCUUCUUCAAUUUUACAGACUUUAGAUAGGGUUUACAAUUUGGACUGGUUCAGUAGUGCUUCCAAGAAUGACUGCUCUGCUGCAACUGGCUUAAAGUGGAUGCUUAAUCAGGGAUUAAUGCAGCACCAUAAGGAAAUAGCAGAAUACUUCAACCGUAGAAAUGUUUCUGUCAUAUUUCUUUUCAGGAGAAACUUACUUCGCAGGAUGGUAUCAAUGCAUGCCAAUUCCUAUGAUCGUUAUGCUAAGCUAUUGAAUGGAACACACAAGUCUCAUGUACACUCUGCAGAAGAGGCUGAUAUUCUUUCAAAGUACAAGCCAUUCAUAAAUUCUACAUCGUUGCUGGAUGACUUGAAGGAUAUGGAGAUGAAAGCUGCAAAGGCUUUAGAAUACUUCAAUAGCACCCGACACAUGAUCCUUUACUACGAGGAUCUUGUGAGAGAUAACACAAAGCUGAGAGAUGUGCAAGAGUUUUUAGGAUUGCCAGAGAUGGAGUUAACAAGCCGUCAGGUUAAGAUACAUAGAGGACCAUUAUCAGACCACAUUAAGAACUGGGAUGAGGUUAACAAGACACUCACAGGAACCAUUUAUGAGAGUUUCCUUGAAGCUGAUUAUUAGUCGUAGUCUCUUCUCUAACUGUUGGAAAAGGUGUAGAUACCAACCUCACUGAUCUUUUGCCAGAGUUUGAAAGUUUUUGGUUUUGGUUCUAGAACACUGCCUCGGUGUUCUUAUGCCUUCUUUCAUCACCGUCUGUUGAUAACAUGAAUGCUUGUUAUUCCUUUGUAAUCCUUUUUUUUCCUGAGUCUCAACAUGUAUAUGUGCUAUUGCCAACUAAUUAUUUUAGUAGAGCAUUUGUUUUACUCAAAAUCAAACAGCUUUUGUGUAAUUUGUUUAUUUAAUUAUAUUUAUAUUAACCCUUUUUGCCAUCGAUAAA